AGAUAGUGGCUGUUGUAAAUACACAUUAACUGAAGGGCAGCCGUACAUCGUAUGGGCCUUUUAUGGCCUAUAUUGUGUUUCGGACUUCGUGAACAAAACCUAGCUAUUGUAGAUGAAUUUCUGAAGAGGAACUGGAGGAAUAUAUUCAGUGCUUGAACAAUCUCAGCUGACCUGCUUUACCACCUACUUUCACUUUCAGUAUGUCCACAAUACAGAAUUUUGACUGUGAGCAAUUCACAAAGCUGUUGAAAAGCUCUUACUUAGGGAGGAAAAUUAUAUACAAGGAUGUUACGGACACUACUAUGGAUGAUGCAAAACUUGGAGGAAUUCAAGGUGUUCCACCAGGGACAAUAUACCUGACAGAAAUUCAGAACAAAGCAAGAGGAACAAAGGACCACAAGUGGCACGCUCUCAACAGGGGAAAUUUGUACUUCUCCAUAGUCAUACAUACACCAUCUCCUGCCACUCAAAAUUCAUUUGUAGAGAGGUUUGAUUUAGAGGUAGCAGGGGCAUUAUCAUUGGUGUGUACUUUACAAGAUAUUUAUGGCAUUUCUGGAGCAUGCCUGAAGUGGCCAAAUGAUGUCUGGGUCAAAGGUCAUAAACUUGCUGGAUUCUUGGCAGAACAUGGAGGACGUUUACCUGGUUCCCAAGAUGAGCUACACCUGUUCGUGCUUGGGAUGGGGAUCAAUGUUAACUCAGACAUGCGGCGUCAUCCAGACCUUACCGGCAUUGCCACCAGCGUUUGCUGCGAGAAUGGCGGAACUGUGGUGAGCCGAGAGAAAGUCCUGGCAGACAUCUGCAACAAACUGGAAUACUAUCUGGAUCUCAGUCAUGAAAACCUUUAUACAGAGGCAUGCAAAUUUCAAAUGUUCAAGAAAGGUCAAAAGGUCAGAGUUAAUCAUGUGAUUGAUGGCAUGAUGUUUCCCGCUACAGUAGAAGGAAUUCAGGAAGACUGGAACAUUAAAAUCACAGAUAGUAAUGGUAAAUGUACACAGUGUGCGUCUAGUGAGUACUCUGUGCGCCCUCUACCUGACAGAACAAUCUACGUUUACAGUGGGAGGGAGGCUGUUCCAUGGAAAGCUCGCCUUAUUCUCAACUCUCUCAAGUCUGUGGUGGACACCUCAAAAUUCACUGUAGAUGCACUGAAUGAUGAAAAACUGAUGGAGGGGGUUUGGAGGAAGGACGCUGUGUUAGCCGUGAUUGGGGAAAUAAACUCAAAGGAGGACACUCAAGAACACUUGACAGCCAUACAAGAAUUCACUAAGUCUGGGGGAUCAGUGUUACUCAUCAAAACUACAGCAAAUCAGAUCUUUCCUAAUUUAAAUGUGUCAACCCAUACAAUAGAAGAAAGGAAAAACUUUUGUGAAGUGUGUUACUCUGAGGAGAAAAGAUUUACUGCAGUGGCCUUUGGAAGUGAAAUGACCUUUAACCCCAACACCAAGUCAGAGGUCAUAGGUUUCUAUGACAGCCAGGAAACUGGUUCCCCAUCAGCUGUUCUUGUAAAUGUUGAUGCUGGUAAAUGUGCCAUUUUAGGCUUUGACAUUGAAGUUACUUACACUGAUGCAGAUAUAGUGCCAAAUGCAACUGUAAUAGAAGGAAUUUAUGAUUCAUUAUCUAAAACAGUUGUAACUCGAGAUGAUUAUUUGAAUUAUGUUUUAGCAAAACUGCUCAGUAAUCUUUAAAUUUCAUGCAAACAUUUCUGUAUAUACUUAGUUGGGAUUUUAUCAGCCAGGAUAAACAGUAAUCAUGCUAGUUCACUAUCUCAGGUCCAUUGAUAUGUUAUUUGUUGAUAAAUAAAAUUUAUUGGUGCUGGCAUUGAUUUGUACAUGUACUUUAUCUUAUAACAACUGUGUCAAGGAGUUUAAAUAUUUAUUAUCAAAUACAUAUAUUAAAUAUUUAUCACAUACA